AUUAGACUGUAGUUGACUUUUGUGAAUGAAAUUUUAAAAGUAAAAUCGCCCGGUUAUUGUUUCGGGUAAUUGUCUUACAAUUCUGACUCGUUCAUUGUUUACCAAAUAAUCUACUUUCCGAGAUAAGUAAUUUCUUUUUGCAAUUGGUGUCGUAUGUUGACGUCACGUUAAAAUAUACAAUCACCAACGAACCGCUACAGAUAACUGUAUGUAAGGUUCUGGUUCAAAUCAACAAUUCAAAACAACGAAACUCAUCGAACGAUAUACACACCGUACACAAAGCGAAAAGAUAAAGGUCAGUCAUCUAAACUAAUUGCGAACUACAACGGAAAUACCACUUAAGUGCACUUUGAAUAGUUGCGUGUUGUGUAUAUAAAUCAUAUUCCUCAAAAUUGAUAAAUCAAUAAAUUAAAGCUGAUGAAAUAAGUAGACGGUGGAACGUUUAAACGAGACUCAACAUGGGACUGAAACUGUUGAUCUUCAUGAUCGGAUUUUGCUCUUAUGGUAUUGCCGACAACUCUAAUUCGCUAUUUUACUUCCCAAGUGAUGGGCAGUCGGAUAGUGACUGGUGGCAAAGAGCCUCAUUCUAUCAAAUCUACCCAAGAUCAUUUCAAGACAGCAACGGUGAUGGAAUCGGUGACUUAAAUGGAAUAACUCAGCGCCUGGGUUAUCUCAAAGAAAUCGGGAUUAAAGCGACAUGGUUGUCGCCCAUAUUCAAAUCCCCGAUGGCGGAUUUCGGGUAUGACGUCGCCGAUUUUUAUUCCAUCCAACCGGAAUACGGAACGAUGAACGAUUUUGAUAGAUUAGUUCGUAAGGCACAAGAGAUCGAUUUGAAAAUCAUAUUGGACUUCGUACCGAAUCAUUCCAGCGAUGAGAACGUAUGGUUUCGGAAUUCGGUGAAUCGGGUCAAGGGAUUUGAAGAUUUCUACGUCUGGCAUCCGGGAUUCGAGGAUCCAAAUAAUUCGUCAGCGCGACUGCCACCGAAUAACUGGAUCAGUGUGUUUCAGAAAAGUGCCUGGCAAUACAACGACAAAAGAGGGGAAUUCUAUUUGCAUCAGUUUACCGUUAAGCAACCGGACUUGAAUUAUCGCAAUCCUUCGGUCGUCAAAGAAAUGAAGAAUGUCCUUCGAUUCUGGUUGGAUCGUGGCGUAUCGGGUUUCCGAAUUGAUGCCGUGCCUCACAUAUUUGAAAUUGAUAAAGACGCAAACGGAAACUAUCCAGAUGAACCUCUCAGUGGCAACACAGACGACCCGAAUGAUUGGAACUAUUUGAACCACAUUUAUACCAAAGACAUGCCAGAAACCAUCGACAUGAUUUAUCAAUGGCGCGAAGUACUCGACAAUCACAAAAAGAAGCAUGGUGGGGAGUCCAGAGUCAUGCUGACCGAAUCGUACUCACCCAUCGAUAUCGUUAUGAAGUAUUACGGUGAUGGCAAACGAGAAGGAUCUCACAUUCCGUUCAAUUUCCUCCUGAUCGAACAACUCAACAAAGACUCCAAUGCCAACGAUUACAAAUCAACCAUCGAUUAUUGGAUGAAGAACAUGCCACCAAACAGAACACCAAAUUGGGUGAUAGGAAACCAUGACCAGAAUCGGGUAGCUAGUAGAUUUGGAACCGACAGGAUCGACAUGAUCAACAUGAUUCUAUUGACACUACCCGGAGUGAGCAUAACGUACAACGGCGAAGAGCUUGGAAUGGUUGACGUAUGGAUUUCAUGGAAUGACACGGUUGACCCAGCUGCCUGCAAUACCAAUCCAUCUGUAUACGAGAAAUUCUCCAGAGAUCCUGAACGCACACCGUUCCAAUGGGACACCACCGCCAAUGCCGGAUUUUCAACAAAUUCAAAGACAUGGCUACCAGUCGCGACGAACUACAAAGAUGUUAACGUGGAGGUGGAAAUGACAAAGCCGAAGAGUCAUCUGAAUGUCUACAUGACGUUGAUGCGUGCCAGAUCAACUCGAACCAUGAAGUACGGCAAGAUGCUGACCGAAGUUUUUAACGGGAACGUUUUGGUUAUUUUGAGGCAAUUGAGCGGUGACGAUAGCUACAUCACAGUGGCUAAUAUUGGCGACACAACAGAGACAAUAGAUCUGAGUAAUACAAGCAAAUUACCGGAUUCCUUGCAAUACUACAGCGUGAGUGUUUCGUCAGAUCAUCAUCCUGGGGAGACGGUUAGCAGUCGAAAUAUUGUCCUAAAGCCGAAGGAAUCUUUCGUACUGAAAACCAACGUUGAAUCGCACGGUUACGAAUACUUUAAAUAUGUCGUGGAUUAGGAGUGAAUCUUAGUGAAUUUUAGCAGUGACAUGACCCAUUAAAUCGGCUUAGUAAUAUUUA